UUUUUCAUUUAGAGGAGGAGGAGGCCAUCCCAUACAGGAAAUCGAAGACGAUUUAGAGGAUCUAUUCGAUAAGGAAAGUUUCGUUGUCAUGGCUGCCCGAGAUCGUACCGGUGAAUUUAACAAUGCGAUCCGUUCGCUGCAAUCGCGUAAUAUAUCGCGUGCGGUCAAUAUACGAGAUCCACGCAAGGCCAAACAGGUUCAGAGCUAUUCGGAGUUUAUGAUGGUGGCGAAGAUGAUUGGCAAGAAUAUUGCCAGUACCUAUGCCAAAUUGGAGAAGUUAACAAUGUUGGCCAAAAAACGCACCCUCUUCGAUGACAGACCCCAGGAAAUCCAAGAACUCACCUACAUCAUCAAGGGCGAUUUGAAUGCCUUGAAUCAGCACAUAGCACGCCUACAGCAAAUUUCCAAAGACCAACGUCGCACCGUCAACGGCAAGCAUUUAGUAUCACAUUCCUCCAACAUGGUCUUGGCCCUCCAGUCGAAAUUGGCCAGCAUGAGUACCGAUUUUAAGCAAAUCCUUGAAGUACGCACCGAAAAUCUAAAACAUCAAAAAUCUCGUCGCGAACAAUUUGGCCAGGCGCCUCUACCAAUUAGCUCCGUUUCACCUGCCACCGCCAAGCAAGGUUCCCUGCUCCUGAGCGAGGAAAAUCAAGAAGUCAGUAUUGACAUGUCAUCGGCGGCGGCCAAUGAUCCAACAUCUCCCUUGCUUGGUGGGGGUGGCGGCCAACGUAUACAAACCCAACAACAGUUGGCCAUUUACGAUGAAUCGGAUAAUUAUGUCCAACAGAGGGCUGAAACUAUGCAAAAUAUUGAAUCGACCAUUGUCGAAUUGGGUGGCAUCUUCCAGCAAUUGGCCCACAUGGUCAAAGAGCAGGAGGAAAUUGUCGAACGCAUCGAUACAAAUAUCCAGGAUGCUGAACUGAAUAUUGAAGCCGCCCAUGGUGAAAUAUUGAAAUAUUUCCAAUCGGUUUCGAAAAAUCGUUGGCUUAUGAUUAAAAUCUUUGGCGUUUUGAUAUUUUUCUUUAUAUUCUUUAUUGUUUUUAUGACAUAGUGAAAUC